AUGGGUCAAGGACGCCGCAUGAAGAAGAAGCAGGGUCUCCCUGACACCCUGUCUGAGGAGCACUUUGCCAAGCUCAAGAGGAAGGCAGGCCUGCCCGUCGAUGAUGUGCCCGCCAAGGCACCCCAGGCGAAGAAGCGCAAGACCUCCAAGAAACCCGAGCCGGUCCCAAAGACCAAUGGCAAGGACAAGACCAAGGCGAAGAAGCCGCAGCCGGGCUCUGACGAGGAGACGGAGGACGACUCGGACCUGGACCUGCCUGCCGACGAGUUCUCCGACCUCGAUAGCGACGAGAAGCUGGGCGACGACUUCCUCGGCUCCGAUGACGAUUCCGUGUUCGACUCUGAUCAGGAGGUGGAGGGCAAGAAGGGCCAGUUCGUCUUCUCGGACGAUGAGGACGACUCGGACCGGGAAGAGAAGCUGACGGCCGCCAACAUUGAGGGUCUGUCGAGGAAGCUCGACAAGCAGCUCGAGGACGAAGCCGCCGCCGCCGAGGCCGAGCUGCAAGAGGCGGCGCUGCAGACCAACAUUGUCGGCGACACGCUGGACGUGCUGGAGGACGAGGAUGACGAGCUGGCGGCCAAGGGCCAGUCCCUGCUCGCCCCGGACGUGCAGCUGCUGCGCCAGCGGAUAACAGACACGAUACGGGUGCUGGACGACUUUGCAAAACUGGCAGAGCCCGGGCGGUCAAGGGUCGACUAUACGAACCAGCUGCUGAAGGACAUCUGCGCGUACUACGGCUACAGCGCCUUCCUCGCGGAGAAGCUGUUCAAUCUCUUCAGCCCGCGCGAGGCGUUUGCCUUCUUCGAGGCCAACGAGACGCCCCGCCCCGUCGUCAUCCGCACCAACUCGCUCCGGACGCACAGGAGAGACCUCGCCCAGGCGCUCAUCAACCGCGGCGUCACCCUCGAGCCCGUCGGCAAGUGGAGCAAGGUCGGCCUGCAGAUCUUCGAGUCCACGGUGCCCCUCGGCGCCACGCCCGAGUACCUCGCCGGCCACUACAUGAUCCAGGCCGCCGCCUCCUUCCUGCCCGUCAUGGCCCUGUCGCCGCAGCCAGAGGAGCGCGUGCUGGAUAUGGCGUCCGCUCCCGGCGGAAAGACGACGCACUGCGCGGCGCUCAUGAAGAACACGGGCGUCAUCUUCGCCAACGACUCCAACAAGGCCCGUGCCAAGGGUCUCAUCGGCAACAUCCACCGCCUGGGCGCCCGCAACGUCGUCGUGUGCAACUACGACGGCCGCGAGUUCCCCAAGGUCAUCGGCGGCUUCGACCGGGUGCUGCUCGACGCGCCCUGCUCGGGCACGGGCGUCAUCGCCAAGGACCCCAGCGUCAAGACCAACAAGGACGAGAAGGACUUUAUGAUGCUGCCCCACCUGCAGAAGCAGCUGCUGCUCGCUGCUAUCGACUCGGUCAACCACGCCAGCAAGACUGGUGGUUAUCUCGUCUACUCUACUUGCAGUGUCACUGUCGAGGAGAACGAGGGUGUCGUCGCCUACGCGCUGUCGCGCCGGCCCAACGUCAAGCUCGUCGAGACGGGCCUGCCCUUCGGCAAGGAAGGGUUCACGAGCUACAUGGGCAAGAAGUUCGACCCCAGCAUCAAGCUCACGCGGCGGUUCUACCCGCACGCGCACAACAUCGACGGCUUCUUCGUCGCCAAGUUCAAAAAGGUCGGCCCGACGCCGGCCAACGCCGUCAUGGCGUCGUCGUCCUCCUCCUCCAAGGACGGCACCGGGAAGCGCGCCGUCGACGAGGAGGUCAUUGACAAGACGCCCAUCUCGACCGACGGCGAGGACGGGGCGGCCGCCACGAGCGGCGACGACUUUGGCGGGUUUGACGACGGCGAGGACAAGGAGUACAUGGAGCGGGCGCGGAGGAACGCCAUGCGCAGGAGGGGUCUGGAUCCUCACGCGCUCGACCGGCCGAACGGCAAGGAGAAGGAGGCGGGGAAGAAGAAGAAGGGUGCCGGUAGUGGUGAGGGUAGCUCCAAGAAGAGCAAGGGGAAGAAAUGA